AUGAUCUUGUCAGUUAUUGGUUCAUUCACUACACAAACCUUAAACAAGUGGGCGAUUACAAUAGCUCAACCACGUGAGGGAAGCAAUACUUGCUACAUAAAGGUAAUUAUGCUGUGUGUAUGCACCAUUGUACUCUGUGUGGUACACCUGACAUCAGGCAACUUUGUGACUAAAGGAGUAAAAACAAUCUUAACUCCUAACAAGUACGACUUCAAGCAUGAGCCAAUAGAUGUCAGUGACAUCACCUUUUUCACAUUUGAUGUGAAAACAUGCCACGAUGGACAUAUCCAACUUUCAAAGACUGCAGGAAACACUGAUGUGGACACCUACGAGAUAUUGCUCCAAGGUUGGAAUAACGGCCCAAAGACUUCAGCUAUACGAGAUAAAAAGCAAGGGAAACUAGAAGUGUUCCAUAAUGGACAAAUUGUUUACUGUGAUUCCACAACUUCAUUUUGGAUCAGCUGGGCAGGGGGAAACAUAGAGGUAGGAAGGGGCCAGGUGUAUGGUACAGACAGAUUCCUGCAUUGGAGGGAUCAAUCUCCACAUCCUGUCAAUGCACUACAGUUCACUUCAGGAUUUGGUGGGAGUGGAACAUGGACAUACAAAACUCCAUUGAAAAUAAUCUCAACCCCAAACGACUAUAACUUCAAGCACACACCAAUAGAUGUCAGUGGCAGAACCUUUAUCACAUUUGAUGUGAAAACAUGCCAUGAUGGACAUGUCCAGCUUUCAAAGACUGCAGGAAACACCAAUGUGGACACCUACGAGAUAUUGCUUCAAGGUUGGAAUAACGGCCCAAAGACUUCAGCUAUAAGAGACAAAAAGCAAGGGAAACUCGAAGUGUUCCAUAAUGGGCCAAUCGUGCACUGUGAUGCCACAUUAUCAUUUUGGAUCAGCUGGGCAGGUGGUUACAUAGAGGUAGGAAAGGGCCGUGUGUAUGGCAGAGAUACUUUCCUGCAGUGGUAUGAUCCAUCCCCACAUCCUGUGAAUGCAGUACAGUUCACUUCAGGAUUCGGAGCAAGUGGAAGAUGGACUAUUCAGUUGUGAGGAAGUUAGAUGACAACAAUGUUAACUUCUGUGUGUUAUUACAACUUAUACUAAUAAAUGAUUUGCAGUCAUUGCAUGAAAUCAU